CACAGUUUUCAAAAAGAGGACAAGUGAAAGAUUUUCUCAUCACAUUUUUUAGAUGCUUGGAUUUAAGACUCAGUUGUCAUUGUUAGACCCACAAGAGAUUUGAACUCACCUCUGACAUACUGAGGGGGACACUAUUUUUUAAGUUAGGGAAACACAGAACAGCUGAGCAGUUUUCCACAGUGAGUUGGAGAUGUUUGAGUUGUGGUAAACAGCGUGAGAUCGGCUGCUGUUGUAGGAUCAGUAACACUGCGGGCGGUGCAGAUAGUUUGUCCCAGUGACCGCAGCGUUUUUAUAGUUCGCCUCAGCAGUCGCCGACAGUUGACGAAGUCAGGCGAAGUCGAACUCGAAUGCGGCUUGCUCAAGUUUCUCCGACGUCAUUUAAACGUAAUCAACGAUAACCUCAUGAGAUAACAGCGGCAGCUUCUCUGCAACUUGUUUUUGAUUUAACUGGACAGAUUCUGGUUCCAUCAGUUGGAUUUUACAGGAUGUCAUGUGAUAGUCCUCGUUCCCUUUUCAGGCGAGGCGCAGUGAAUCUGGACCGAGCUCCACCUUUUUAUUUCCAUUAGGAAAAAGUAUUGGAGAACAGAAUCAUCUCCGUCUUUAACCCGUCCGUUCUUAUCAAACCAAGAUGAAAAAGUUCUUUUUGUUGCUUCUUUUCUGUCACGUUUCAUCAUCAGUCAAACACUCCCUGAAGUAUUUCCUCACUGCAUCUUCUGGAAUCCCAGACUUCCCAGAGUUUAUGGGUUGGGGACUCCUCGAUGACACUCUGGCGGGUUACUGUGACACCAACAUAAAGAGAGUAGAACCAAAACAGGACUGGGUGAAAACCUAUUUCGAUAAGGACCCUCAGCAACUGGAAUGGUACACCACAGAGUGUACCAAGAUUUUGCCUAAGGCCUUCAAAACCAGGAUUUCUAGUUCGAUGCAGCAGUUUAACCAAAGUGGAGGUGUCCACAUUUUACAGAGGAUAAAUGGCUGUGAAUGGGAUGAAGAGACUGGAAAUGUUUUUGGUUUCAUGCAGUAUGGUUAUGAUGGAGAGGAUUUCCUGUCACUGGACCUGAAGACAGAGACAUGGAUGGCUCUGAAACCACAGGCUAACAUCAUCAAACUGAGAUGGGAUGCUGACAAAUUGAGAAUGAAACAUUAUGAGAACUUCUUUUCUCAGAUUUGUCCUGAGUGGCUGAAGAAGUAUGUGGACCAUGGGAGGAGCUCUCUGCUGAGAACAGAGCGUCCCUCAGUGUCUCUCCUCCAGAAGACUCCCUCUUCUCCAGUCAGCUGCCACGCUACAGGUUUCUACCCUGACAGAGCCAUGAUGUUCUGGAGGAAAGAUGGAGAGGAGCUUCAUGAGGACGUGGACCGAGGAGAGAUCCUCCCCAACCAUGAUGGAACCUUCCAGAUGAGAGCUGACCUGAACAUUUCAUCAGUCUCACCUGAAGACUGGAGGAGGUACGACUGUGUGUUUCAGCUCUCUGGUGUGAAGGAGGACAUCAUCACCAAACUGGACAAAGCAGAGAUCAGGACCAACAGGGUGAAGCCCACCAACACGACCGUCCUCAUUAUUGUUGCUGUGGUUGUUGUUGCUCUCGUCCUCAUCGCUGUCACUGGAUUUGUGAUUUACAGAAAGAGAAAAGACAAACACCCUCCAUCUUCUCCUGAAAACAGCACUGAGCUCUCUGCCAAACUGGAUCCAGAACUGAGACUGUCAGACACCCUCAGUGAGUCACCUCAUAUAAACCAGACCCCAUAUGACUGAAGAGGACCUGCAGGAAGGUGUAGCUGACACAGUGGUGGUUCAGUGGUGGUGUAGAGUCUACAUGGAGGAGUCAUCAGAGGGAACCUUUACCUGUAAGAUCAGCCCAGAGUCAGUGUUGGUGUCUGGAAAAGACUGAUUUUGAAAACAGGUACUACUGGUUUGGGCCUUUCCACCCAGCAGACAUGCAGCUUUAUCUGAGAGUUCCUUCCUUUUUCCAGAUGUUGUCUCUUGAUUUCCACAUUUCCCUUUAACUGCUGUUUCUUAAUGACAUUUCAGACGAUGUCAAUUUCAAGCUGGAAGUGUUUUGAUACCUUUGUAUCAGUUAGCUUUGGCUAAUCAGGCCACACAACUUUUUUUUUUUUUUUUUUUGUCUUACACGAUGUCACCAAUGUCAGAUUAAUAACAGUGUCAUACAUUCUUGGUCUCGUCUGGACUGGGAGACUGACAACACUCCAAUCAUUGUUCAUGUCCUCGCAUUUCACACUGUCCAGAGGUUGUUUUACAAGUAAUGUCCACAUCUCUAAACACAUCAAGAUCUUGAUCAUUUUUGAAUGAUAUUUUAUGGUUUUAGAAGAACUCCAUGAACUACAGGGUUCUGUAAACAUGGAGAUACUGAAAGCAGUUUUCACAAUCACUUCUUGUGAUGAAUUAUUCAAACCAUGUAACACAGGACGAGUGACACAAUGCAUCAAGAGUUUAUCAUAACAGAGGGGUUGCUAACUGGUGGUGAUAGGUAACACAGUGAUGGUGGUUGUAUUACUGAGCAGGUAUUCACAUGAAGCUGCCUGUUAAGACAGGUGGGACAGCCAGAACACUUUAACCUAAGCAGAUAUAAAGAACAUAUAUUCCAGCCACAAAGUGUCCGUUCUUUGCUUCAUUGAGAGCUGGAUUUAAAAGCAGCUUAAUUCAGGUCAGUGUUAGAGGACGGUGUCACCUGUCAGAGGACCCAGUAGAUUUACACAGCCUGAUACUCAUCAGGGCCUAAUGACAGCUCAAACAUCAUUUACAGUGACAUGAGAGCAUCUACAUUUUACUGUGAAUUUAUAAUCAUAAAUGAAAGUCAAAAUCAAAUGUAUUGUUCUUUAUUUUGAUUCUGGUGUUUCACUUUUUAAUAAAGUCCAAUUUUUUUAAA